CGGGGCUGGGUGCGGAAAGGUGUGUACACUUCCCGAAUGCACAAGAAUUUCCCUUUUAUUUUGUUUCAGUAGGCAACGAAGUCGAAAUCAGCCCUUUAGCGCUAAAAAUGCCCGUGUUCCACACUAAAACCAUCGAGUCAAUAUUGGAGCCUGUCGCUCAACAGGUCUCCACUCUGAUCAUUCUUCAUGAAGAAGCUGAAGAUGGCAAAGCAAUGCCUGACCUGGCUUUGCCAGUUAGAACAGUGGGAGCUGCUGUUGAAAAUCUUGUCAAGGUUGGCAGAGAAACUGCAUCUUCCAGUAAGGAUCAAAUCCUCAAACAAGAAAUGCCUCUUGCUUUUAAAAGAGUUGAGGAAUCCUCUAUUUUUCUUGUGGAAGCCUCCCAGAUUCUUAGAAGAGAUCCUUUCUCACCAGAGGCUCGUAAAAAGUUAAUUGAUGGUGCCAGAGGAAUUCUUUCAGGCACGUCUGCAUUACUUCUGACAUUUGAUGAAGCUGAAGUGCGUAAGAUUUUGAAGGUGUGCAAGGGAGUAUUGGAAUAUCUUGCUGUGUCUGAGGUUGUGGAGAGUAUGGAAGAACUAGUAACAUUUGUUAAAAACCUGACACCUGGAAUCACAGAAAUGGCGAAAAAGGUUGAAGGUCGCAUUGAGGAGCUGACUCACCAAGUUCAUGCUGACAUGUUAAGGAAGUCACUGAAUACUGUCAAAGCCAUGUCUACCCAAUUGAUCACUGCAAUUAAGACUUUUGUGCUGACUGUGCAAAGAGGUGGUCAGAACAUUCCUGAAGCCCAGGAAUACAGAAAUUAUGUUGUUGGCAAGAUGUCUUUUGAGAUCAGUGAGAUAAUAAGAGUGCUGCAAUACACAACAUAUGAAGAGGAAGGUGGCGAUGACCCCCUUAAUGACAUGAAGAAGGCCAUGUCUCUCUUCGACAGUAACAUGGGCCCGGCCCUGAAGUGGGUGAACACGCCCACUGAGUCAGCUGGAGGGUUAGGUGAGAAGGCUGUCAAAGAAUGCAUCACUCAAGGUCGUAAAUUUGCAGAUGCCAGUCAGGGUCCCGAUAAAGGCAGAAUAAGGAAAGUCUGUGAUGAUCUGGAUCGGUUAAUGGGAGAUUUGGCAGAGAUGAGAAGGCUAGGAAAAGGAACAGCCCCAGAAGGCUUGAAACUUAACAGAGAAGUUGCCCAGCAAUUAGAGGAUUUAAAUCAAGAAAUGCAGAAUGCCAUGUUAGGCCAAGAAUCGUCUGGUGUGCGCAGGCCAGCCAACACUUUUGUUGGCAAAAUGGAUCAGGUUCACCAGUGGGUGAACACCCCGUCAUCAGAUCCUGCAGGGUUAGGUGAACGAGCCAUUCGUGAGUGCAUCGACCAGGGUCGUGCUACAGCAGACAAAUGUUCUGGUCCAGAGAGAAGUGCAAUUCUAAAGCUUUGUGAUGAACUAGAUCAACUUACAGAUGAGCUUGCUAAUCUGAAGAGAAGAGGCAUGGGAAAUUCACCUCAAGCAGCUGCUACUGCUCAAAAGAUUGAAAGGAAGCUGGAGGAAUUGAACGAUAAAUUACAAAAUGCAAUCACAGCACAAGUUGCUGAGGACUUCAUGGACACUACAACAAAUUUGAAGCAGUUAGAGAAAGCGGCAAGAGCUCCACCGGAUGAACCAGGGCGCGAGGCUGAGUUUGAGAACAAGGCAGGUGCCUUUGAACAUCAAGCAAAUCAGAUCGCCAACACAGCAAUUCAACUGGCAAAUGCUGGAGGAAACACCAACAGGAGAUUAUUGGAUCAGAUAAGGCAAAAUGCAGAAGAACUAAAAGAAUGGACCCCUCAAGUUUCCCACGUGGCUAAGAUCCUGUUGGAUUAUGGGAAAUAUUCACCUGGAGAUGUGCCUGCCGUCUCAGUCCAUUUUGAAAAUGUGCGGGACAUCUGGAAAGAGAAGAUGCAGACCCUAACUAAUCUGGUUGACAGUGCAACAGACACCUCCAAAUUUAUUGAAGCCUGUGAGGAGGCGAUCAAUCGAGAUGCUGAGAUGUGCAGUGCGGCAAUGGAACAGGGAAAUCCUCAGUUGGUGAUCUCGAAGAGCUCCAACAUCGCCCGGCGAGCCAAGCGGGUUGUGGAUGUUGCAGAGGCAGAGAUGGAAAAUUCAUUAGACCCUGAUUAUGCUGCAAAGAUGGCCGCAGCAAAGGAUAAUUUGGGACAAUGUAUCACGCCACUUGUGAUUGACGCAAAAGCUGUUGCUACUAAUCCAUCAGACAGGAAAGCGCAGGGAAAAUUGAGAGAUUCCACAAGAAAGCUUCAAGAUGCUGUACAUGGAGUGCGAGUGAUCGUAACCGGAUCCUCCCAGCCAGAGGAGGAGGAGGAAGACUUCCCGCCACCUCCACCGGACAUAUCAGGAUUGACCAUCGCCGUAACCCAAGCACCAGUGCAAGAAGUUCCUCCUCCACGCCCACCCCUUCCUCAAGAAACAGCGCAACCGCCACCACGCCCACCCCUCCCGUCUGAUGAAAUGAAAGAGGUUCAGAGUGUGUUGGAACAACCACCAGAAGACAACAGAAUGGCGUUAUCUUUUCUAUGGCAUUUUUUAUUUCUCUUCACCUGUAGAGAGGAAGAAGAUGGACAACCUCAACGCUCAAAAAAAGAGUUGAUCGCGUUGGCUAAAGAAAUAGCAGCAGCAAGCAAAGAGGUGUCUAAUUAUUCCGCUCGGAUUGCUAAAGAUUGUCCGGACAAAAGAGUAGCUCAGACAUUGAAGCAAACGAUAGAGAGAAUUCCUACCAUCAGUACUCAGCUUAAGAUUGUCGCCACUGUGAAAGCUACAAUGAUCGGAGCUGACGAUCCCAAGGCGGAUUGGGAGGCCACGGAAACUUUAGUCGGUUGUGCAGAGAACUUGAUGGGAGCUGUGCGGCAGGCCGUAAAAGAAACCGAGGCUGCCUCGGUUAAGAUGCGCUCAGUAGCGAACAACUGGAAAAAACGAUAGGCAGAUAUAUGGCAGAUUGGAAACUUUUAUGAUGAUACGCUGGCCACCAACCCAUUUGUGUUCGGUGGAGGUUUAAAUGUAAUUAGCAGGGCGGAGAAGAGAGGGGUCAGCGGUAAAAAAUAUUUUGAAGAAUUAUGAGAGCGUUUUCACUAAGCUUUGAAAACUGAAAAAGCGAGUUCAACGGUUUUCCUGCGCGUAAAAAUCGGUAGAAAACAUUGGGUUUUGCCAAAAAAAGAACACAACGUCAUGUAUUUUGAAAAAAAUGACGCUGAUCACCGUAGAGAUUGUGCUACCAGCAGUGUUUCCUAAGAGUUUAAGAGUAUAAUUGAUGAUGAUUUCACUUGGCCUUUAUUUCUGCGCCAAACUGAUAUUCGUCUGGGUGAUCAAGGCUGUAAACUUCAUGGAAAAUUAACUUUUAACCUCUUUUUUCACACUAUCAGCCAAAUUUAUUAGUGUGAGUUAUCUCAGAACGGAUAUAAAUCUCAGUUGUAAAAAUAGAUAUUCUUCGUUAUUUAGAUUUCUUUCACAAUUGUUAAUUGCAGUAUUUUUUAUCGCGUUUGAUUCUGUUUGUGGAGCGAAAACUUAUCUUGUGAGAAAUCUCGCCCACAGAGAGCGCACUAUGUAAUGUGGGAUAGACGUAGUUUAUAAUUCAUUUAGGAUCCUAGUCGAUUUAUAAUGAAAGGAAAUUAAUUUCAUUACUAAUGUAGUUACAACUAAUAAGUAAUAUAUUUUAAUAAUUAGGUCAAUAUUUGAACAAUUCAGAGUAGAGUUUCUGAGCGGCUUUCCUUCCUCGGAGUUAUUUCGCGAGUACAACAUUACUUAUAUUUUGUUUAAAAAAAAUAAAAAAUAAUUUCAGAAAAUGAA